UGACCGCCCCACUGCUCAAAGAGAAGAAAGGCCAGGGGAAUUUUCAGGGCGAUUUGGGACAGCACUGUAACUCACAAUGCUGAAUUCAAUCUGGCCUUCCUCCAUGGACGUCAGAUGAGAGAACCGAUAAGAGUAGCGGGUAAUGCCGGCGUCCGCUGGCAGAGUUCAUCAAAAAAUCACGCGCCAUCGGCAAAAGGACCGAGAGCGCGAGCACAGGUAGAGAGAAGCAUAAACGCCCACUCCGUCACCCCAACCACACCAACCAGCCGCCCUUAUCGAUCGUAUUACGUCUUGCGAUGCUUUCGGAACGUCCCCUCGAAUUCCCGAGAAAGUGAUUUUUACGCUCCAUACAAUAAGCUCUUAUACACCCCCUUUCCCUCCAGAUUUCGAGUCAGAUGAGCAAAUCCGGUCUCAUUUGCUGGACUUCACACCGACGCGUCCUCUCCCGACCCUUCGUGCGUUCAGUGCAUUUGAAACAUCUCUGGCCUUUCAUCAUGGAAGUGAAGGCGAAAUCCCGCGAUCCCUCGUUCCACAGCGCACGAAAUCGAUGUUGCGCCGA